ACCUCUCCUCUUCUUUGUGACGUUCUUCUCUACCAAUACGCUGCCGUGUAGCUACCAACCACUAAACAAAAUUUCAACAUUAAUAAUAAAAUCGUUGGAUCAAUUCCCCCAAAUUUCCAAUUUUACUCAUUUUCAUAUCAAAUGCUCCUUCCAAUUCCAUCUUCUGUGAUGACCUAGAACUUGUAUAAGCUUCAGUUAUUACUUACAACCAUCAUAUCAUAUACAUACAACUUAUGGCGAUCAGAUCCACCGUCAGCUAUUCUGGCUACGUAGCCCAAAACCUAGCCUCCUCCGCCUCCACCAAGGCCGCCGGUUGCCGCUUAUUCCAAGACCUCCGGACCUUCCUAUCCGACCCGAACCCGACACCCGAUGCCACCUUCCGGAGGUCCAAUCACUCCUACACUUCUCUCGCCGGUGAGCUUUGCACCGCUUCCAAUUCUCCCCUGGCAAUCGGACUGUCUUCGAUACUGAAAUCGACGAGCCUCGGCCCCGGCGGAUCGUUUGGGGUUUCGCAAUUGAAGGCCUCGUUUAUUCUCCCGUUUUUGCAGGCGUCGAAAUGGUUGCCGUGCAAUGUGAUGAGUGUGGGGAAUAAGGUGGGGGAAAUUGGGGGGAAAUGUGAGGGGAGUAAGCGAUUAGGGGAAGCGGAGACGGGGAAUGUGCUUACGAGAGGGAGUUGGUUGAAUAAGUUAUUGAGUUGCUGUUCGGAAGAUACGAAGGCGGCUGUUACGGCUAUGAGUAUUAAUUUGUUGUUUAGGUCGUCGUUGGCGGAGCCUAGGUCGAUACCUUCUGCGUCUAUGGCGCCUACACUUGAUGUAGGUGAUCGCAUUUUGGCUGAGAAGGUUUCAUAUAUCUUUAAAAAGCCAGAAGUUUCAGACAUUGUUAUCUUCAAGGCCCCACCAAUCCUUCAGGAAAUUGGUUAUAGUUCCGGAGAUGUAUUUAUAAAAAGAAUAGUAGCAAAAGCUGGGGACUAUGUUGAGGUUCGCGAUGGUAAAUUAAUAGUUAAUGGUGUUGUUCAAGAUGAGGAUUUCAUUUUAGAGCCACUGAAUUAUGAUAUGGAGGAAACGCUUGUUCCUGAAGGUUAUGUGUUUGUCAUGGGGGACAAUCGAAAUAACAGUUUUGACUCUCAUAAUUGGGGUCCUCUGCAUAUCAAACAUAUACUUGGUAGAUCGGUUCUUCGCUAUUGGCCUCCUUCCAAAAUAACCAACACAAUGUAUGAACCAGAUGCAAGGAGACAAGCACUUGUUUUAUCUUGACUUGGUAGUCCCUGGACCGUUCUGCCUGUUAAAGAUUAUUCAGAAAACCUAUUUCAUCCACAAGUGUAGUUCCAAUCACUAUAAUUUUUUCUGUUUACUUGCGUAACCUGAGCAGAUGUGAGUGCAGAACUGAUGUACUACAUAGGCAAAGGGGAACAGGAAUUGCAUUUGUGAAGACGAAAUAACAAAAAUGUAUGCAAAGCUAGCUGGUAUGAAAUUUAUGAAA